CGCCCCCUCUUGUUAUUGGCGCGUGUCGCGGACUGGAGCAAAAUGAUACAUAUUUAUUCAAAUCAUCCUUGAAAUAUUAAUUACAGCAUUAAACUGCUUUUUAUUUACAUCUGCAUGCUCGGAUAAAUGACAAAAGAUUAGCCGAAUAAUCUCUCACGAGACGGGAAUGUAAUUUGACAGCACGAGCGCGCAGCAUCCUGUUGCUGACCAUGUAGAUUGACAACAACAGCCUAGUUUUAAAGACAACAGCAACAUUUCUCGUGGCAAUUAGGGACACUUUUGGAUCACCGCAAAAAUGAUGAAAAGCGUGGGAAAGCAUUUUGGGUUGAGGCGAAAAUGUGCGCCCCCAAAAUCUCGUAUUGACAAGAAAAAGACUCGCGUAAACCCCAUCGACACUAUGCUGGAUGACAGCGACGAGGGCUCGUUCGGCGGCAGCACCACCAGCGUCAGCUCAGAGAGCGAGUACCACAACUCCGAGCAGGACUCCGGGACAUCCGAUAGCUCUUACCGGGCACGUGAGAGCGACGCCGACGACAGCAGCGACACCGACGACAGGCGCACAGUGUCCCGCCGGCAGAAGAAGAGGACCGCCAGCGCACCGCCUCCAGACGAAGACUCCAGCAGCAGCAGCGCCUCCAGAUUGAGCAGCAGCAGUAGCAGCAGCGAGUCCUCCAGUGACGUUGGCGGAGAGCCGCUCCGGAGGGUCCUGCAGAGAAAGAGGCUUCGGCUGCCGGAGGACUCAGAGGAUGAAGCGCUGAAGAAGAAGAAGAGGGAGGCGGAGAUCAAGGAAGCUGCUGCCAAGAGAAGAGAAAGGAAGAAUAAACUCAUGGAGCUGUCAAAGAAGAGAAAGUCAGGCACUCCACGGCGCAGGCGCAGGACAAUGGGUUCAGAUGAUGAUGAGGAGGAAGAGGACGAGAAAAAAGAGGAGGUCAAGGAGGUCAAAGUUGAAGAGCCGAGUAAAGCAGAUUCAGAUGGAGACUCCAGUGUGGUGGAGGAGAACGCCAGUCCUCUGAAUAGCAGCGACGAGGAGAAACUGGCUCAUAGCAGUGACAGUAUGAAGGAUUUCAUUGUGGAGGAGGAGCAGAAGAAAGAUGAAGAGCAGGAGGGAGACGAGGAUGCUAAAGAGAAGAUUCUCUCUCAGCUUCCACGCCAGUUCAUCACAGGAUCUCAGCUCAGCCACUUUCAGCUGGUGGUCAAAUCCUUGCUGAUCAAUGUACUGGAUUCCACCUUCCUCAAGUCACUUUACAGUGGCGAACGAACAAAACGAUACGCCCAGGAGAUGAAAACGUCAUUACUUCAUUUUGAUGAGCGAAUGGUCCUUCCACGCUUGGAAAACCUGAAGCAGAGGAGCCGCUGGAAAGACCGCUACAAAGAGAGAGUAGAAUGUUAUCCUAAACUGCGGGUGGUGAUGACGAGAACUCAGAUGAAGGGCUGUGAAGCCUGUGAGCUUCACAGAACGGGCCGCUUCACUGUUCGUCUCUCUGGACAGUUGUACCACUGCGAGACCCUGCAGGAGGACACGUUCAUGCCUGACGAUUCCCAGAGUUUCUUUGUGGGCUCUGUCUGUGCCAGUCGCACGGAGGUCUACCAUGCCUUGAAGCAUUUUAAAUACCAUCUGUUUGAGAAGUGCCGUAAAACUAUUGAAACUCGAAAGGAAAUGCCUGAAGGGGAAACCGGAGAGGACGAUGAACCAGUCAAGGACACGGUCAACAAGGCCUUCACCAAACUGCAGGAUGAUGGUUGGAUCAAGAAGCAAUACGAUGAGUUUCAGGAACAUCUCAAUGCUGCCGAUUUCUUCCAGGAAGAAAAGCUGGACUGAAAGGAUUGAACUUUCCUUAAUGGCAUCAGUCUGCUGUUUUAUUUCUGUGAAUAUGUAUAUAGUUUUGUCAUUUUAAAGCAUGUUUAACUUUUGAGUUGUUAACAAGUGUGUCCUUCAGAUCCAGCAUUUUGAUUUCAUACUCUCACUGCUGUGUAAAUUGCUUCAGCAUGGCUGAUACUGAAUACAGUACAGAUUUACAGAGCUACAACCCAAAAUGUAACCAUUUUUAUCUUUUAAUUCUGAGAAGUUAAAAAUGUUAUAAAAAAAAAAGGGGUUUAGUACAUGAUGCUUUAUAAAACCCUGUAUGCUAUUUUUAUGCCUUCAUUUAUGAAUAAUGUUCUUAUUCUAAUGCUUCUGUGCAAAUGCAUCCCGGUACUUUUACAGUGUUUCAAAGUUCUUGUAAUAAACAACAUAAUCAUG